CCGCGUGUGGGGCCGUUUGGACGUCCUAGUACCGCGUUCUGUCCAGGUAAGUACUAACUCCUGCGGCGAAUGGGCCGUAGGCCACCGCUCUUUAUUGCGGUGCCAUGUGAGGUUGACAGACUCGGGGAGUGGUGACACUAGCCCCCGUGAUUCUCUAACGCCUGUGUCCCAGAGGCCUUCUGGCCAGGAUCCCUCCUUUGGACGCUGCGGUACAUCCUGUCUCUUGCCCACCCCCCACCCCCCCAGGCGGGGAUUCCACCAUCUCCCUGCCCACCCCGACGCCAUCGGGUACAUCCAGGAGGCCUCUAGUGUGUCCUCAAAGCUCUGUUCUGAUAGAAGGAGGCAGACCCAGUCCCUGCCUUUAGUACCCCGAAGGGGACAGGUCUGCCACUAUGAUGGAUAGAGUUGUGGUCAGGCUGGGAUGGAAGCCGACUAGGGGCUCUGUGAGCCUGGAGGGGACUCCCCACCCAGGCUGGGUCCUUAAAAUCUUGGACAGGAAGAUGCUUUAGCAGACAUUUCAAACCUGGUAUGUCCAAAUGGAAUUCCUGGUGCCUUCCUGACGAAAUGGCCCAUCAUCCUCCUGGGGGCUCUAGCCAAAACCUCCAAGUCAGUCUCCAUUCAUCUUUUCUCAUCAGCUGAGUCUUCAUCACAAUCCAAGUCUUGUGCAAAUCCUGUGGGCUCUACCUUCAAAACAGAUCCAGAGUCCCACCCUUCCUUCCCACCUCCACUGCUACCACCCCCACUCAGGCCACUUGCAACUCUCACUGGCUGUUGCCAUAGUCACCUCCCUGCCUCUGCUCCUGCCCUCUAAAGUAUGUUCCUCUCACAGCAGUCAAUGAGAUCCUUUAAAAACAUAAGUCAGAUUGUAUCUCUUUCCUGCUCAAAACCCUUCUGUGGCUCCUAUCUCUCUCUGAAUAAAAUUCAAACUUCAUAUCAUGGCCUAUGAAUCUCUUGACAACCUGCACAGACUCAACACCUGCCAGGGUCUUCCAGCCUUCAGGAGGCAGACCCCCAGAACUGGGUGACUGUAGAUUUAGGGCAAGAGGAGGGAUGAGUCCAAGGUGAUUUUAUGUCCUGUCCUGUCCUGUGAAGGAGUUGGUAGAAGUUGGGUGGUAGCAGCCAGGAGAUAGGAAACAGCUGGGAAAGAACAGAUUUCUGCUUGGGAGGAAUGGGAAGCUGGCCCUUGUGGGCACUGGGGAUCUGAGAAAAGGCCUAGCCAGGAUUCUCAGUGGGGCAUUUGGAGGACCAGCCAGAUGGACAUUACAAUUCAGAGUCACCCACAAGGAGAAUGGGCCGGGCAGGACCCAAGGACAAUGAAGAGGAUGCUCCAGAAGAGACUGGAGACUCCGCAGGAUAUAAACCACAACAGAGGGAGGGUUGAAUCAGUAGUCAAAAGAGAAAACAUUUCAAGGGACACCUGUGACAGAUGCCCCUGCUAGUCACGGCUGAUGGCUCCUAAGGACUACUUGCUGGCCCAGUGACAGGGAAGAGUACUCUGAGCGGAGGGAAGAGUACUCUGAGCGGAGGGAAGAGCCCGUGCAAACACCUUGCAGUAGGUAUGUCCUGGAGCAUUUGAGAGUAGAGUGCAGCAUGAGUGAGGAUAGGGAGAGGUGAGGUCAGGGAAAAAGGGAACCAGAUCACAGACAGCCACACACAUAGGCCACUGGCUUUUCCUAAAGUGAGAAGAGAUGGUGGCUCAGAUGAGGGUGGCAGCUCUGCAGAUGGUGAGAUGUGUUGGUUUCUGGGUCUGCAAAGAAGCUGCAGUCAGACAGGGUUUGCUGUAUGGCAUUUGGGGUUUGAGGUCAGAGGAUGCCUCAGUGAGACAUGUGGAUAAAUGGUUGGGACUUGACAUUGCAAUUUGGAGUCACCCACAGGGAGAGUGAGAAGAGUGAUGGAAGAAGAACAGGCCAGGGUCCUGGGUCCCAAGGCUUCUGGCCUGAGCAGUUGAGAGGAUGGAGCUGCUCUUGAUUGCAAAAGCAGCAGGUGUGGGAAGAAGAAUCAGGAAUCCAGAUUUUGAGAUGCCUUUUAGAGAUCUGAAUGGCACUGGCCCUGCGUCUGGAAGUCACAGACAGUGAAUAAAGUCACAUAAGGUGAUUCCACAUAUUGUGACAAAUCCUAGAAGCAGGGUGACCUGCUCAGACAUCCCUGCACUAGGCCAGGCUGGAGGCAGUAGUGGCUUGGGGCGGGGGUACUGAGCCUGAUGGAUUUUUAUGGGUUUACCAGGCAUGUGAAACCAAGGAACAUGUGGGUGGAGGAUUGGAGUUUGGCUGGGGAGGAACGAUGUAGGAAGAGAGGGACAGAAAGGGGUCAAAGAUGGGCUGAUCCAUGUUUUGACAAGUCCCCAGAAGCUUGUGGGAGAUUCUGCUACCAGAGCAGAGUUGAGUCCAAUCCUAGAGGCGCAUCCACACCACCUCCGGAACAGAAGCAGCCCCAGUUGGUGUCCUUGGAGAUGUGAUCCAUGCUGCCUCUGUGUCUCCCCGGAGGAGGUGACUACCCUGUUCUGCAGAGAAUGCAAUGGACUCACACCUGGAGAUAGUAUCCCAUCCCUCUCACCCCAAAGUGAAAUCCAGUUGAUCUUUCCUGUUUCUCCGCCUUCCCCUGGCAGAGCUGCAGCCCCUCUAGGCCUCCUCUGUCCUUAGGGUUGCUGACUCCUUCCAGGCUCUCUAAACAGCCCUGGAAGUCCAGAUCAAAGGUCUCCACCGUGUCCCUCUGAUUCCGGCUCUCAAAGAGGGCCUCCCUGGAAACUGUGAAACGGUGUCUUAAUAUGCAACUGCUAUACCCCCAGAGGACACAACUUAAUUCUGAGUGUAUCAUGGUUGUCUCUCCCCCGGAUACCAAGUCUUAGACUCCUUCUGUACUUGAUGCACAAUGGGAUGCAUUGUGCGAAGCCUCCUUAAGCCAGAACGUCCAGAAAAAGCCUCUUCUACCUUCACAUGCCUGGCCCUGGGCAGGGCAGCUAGCUGGCAGCCUCCUCAGAGGCGACGACCCCGCAAAUCGGAAUCCGCAUGUAACCUGCCUCUCGCUCUCCCUGUCCAGGAGAAGCCAACUCCUUCCCGCCCGCCCGGAGCCCGCGAUGCCCGCCCCGCAGUGCUCCUCUUGCCACGCGGCGCGCGCCGCCCUCCGCCGCCCGCGCUCCGGCCAAGCGCUGUGCGGCGCCUGCUUCUGCACCGCCUUCGAGGCCGAGGUGCUGCACACGGUGCAGGCGGGCCGCCUGCUGCCACCCGGCGCCGUAGUGGCCGUGGGCGCCUCCGGCGGCAAGGACUCCACGGUGCUGGCGCACGUGCUGCGCGAACUGGCGCCGCGCCUGGGCGUCUCGCUGCGCCUGGUGGCCGUGGACGAGGGCAUCGGCGGCUACCGCGACGCGGCGCUGGCGGCCGUGCGGCGCCAGGCGGCGCUCUGGGACCUCCCGCUCACCGUCGUGGCCUACGCGGACCUCUUCGGGGGCUGGACGAUGGACGCGGUGGCCCGCAGCACCGCCGGCUCCGGCCGCAGCCGCGCCUGCUGCACCUUUUGCGGGGUGCUGCGGCGCCGUGCGCUGGAGGAAGGGGCGCGCCUCGUGGGAGCCACGCACAUCGUGACAGGCCACAACGCCGACGACAUGGCAGAGACGGUGCUCAUGAACUUCCUGCGGGGCGACGCGGGGCGGCUGGCCCGGGGCGGGGGCCUGGGCUCGCGGGGCGAGGGGGGCGCGUUGCCGCGCUGCCGCCCGCUGCAGCUGGCCUCGCAGAAGGAGGUGGUGCUGUACGCGCACUUCCGUCGCCUCGACUACUUCUCCGAGGAGUGCGUCUACGCGCCCGAGGCCUUCCGCGGCCACGCGCGCCACCUGCUCAAGCUCCUGGAGGCGGCGCGGCCGUCGGCGGCGCUGGACCUGGUGCACUCGGCCGAGCGCCUGGCCCUGGCCCCGGCCGCGCGGCCCCCGCCCCCCGGCGCCUGCUCCCGCUGCGGGGCGCUGGCCAGCCGCGCGCUCUGCCAGGCCUGCGCCCUCCUGGACGGCCUGCAGCGCGGCCGGCCCCGGCUGGCCAUCGGCAAGGGGCGCGACGAGGAGGGGCCGCCCCCGCCUCCCAGAGACCCGCGCUCGGCGCCGGGCCCCGCCGCCGCCGCCGCCGCCGCCGCCGCCGGGGAGUGCGGGGCGGCCUGUGAGGGGCGCUGCGCCCAGGCCUCGGUGUGA